CUUCAUGACAAGAUGGAAAACGUUAGUAAAACUCAACCAGUUCUGUAUAACGAUAGGGUGGAUGGGGAGCAUGUUGAUUACCAUCUACCUCCGUCAUCCAUCUUGCAUAAAGGAAACGAGAUACCUAGGGAACACAGAGUCUCCAAUGCAUCCUCGGAGGUAUUAGAGGAAGAUUCUUCCCUGUUGGAGUCCACGAGGAACAUUAAGUCCUACAAACGCCGAUGGUAUGUUCUGGUGGUAUUCUCGUUUGCUGCCCUUGUUCAGGCAGGUGUUUGGAACACUUUCGGACCUAUUGCUCAGUCAGCUAAGGCUGUGUUCGGGUGGACGGAUGCCAAUAUAGGCAUGCUGAACAACUGGGGGAAUAUUGUGUACAUUGUGUUCAUGAUUCCAAUGGCCUGGUUGAUGGAUAUCAAAGGACUGCGGAUAUCAAUGCUGUGUUGCGCUGUGCUGCUGGUGUUUUUGACGGCCAUUAGGUGCAUCACGAGUGACCCAGUACCAGCUACAUGGUUGAUGAACACGGCAGCUAUAGUGAAUGGUGUGGCUGGCACUGUACCUUUCGCCGGCCCCGCCCUCCUCUCUGCCACGUGGUUUCCCCCCAAACAGAGGGCCACUGCUACAGCCGUGUCAACUGUGUUCAGCUACCUCGGCGUAUCUGUCGGCUUCAUCAUUGGACCGCUUAUGGUGCCGCAGCCAGACGAACCAUCCUUGAACCUAACUGCCAUACUACCUUUAAAUACGUCAAGUCAGGGGUACUCCACGCUCAGUCCAACAGCAGCCACUAACCUGUCCGAGGUGAGAAACGGCAUCAUGAGACUUAUGUAUGCAGAAUGUGCGGCUUGUGUGCUGCUGCUGCUCCUGGUGGUGGUGUACUUCCCCGCCAAGCCCCCCUGUCCCCCCAGCCUCACAGCGUCCAUGGAGAGGACAAGCUACCCACAGGGCCUCAAAGGGUUAUUCACGCAUAAACGCUUUUUGGUGAUAAUGGUGGCCUACAGUAUACCAACGGGAGUUUACUUGGUGUUUGCGGCUGUACUGGAUGUCAUCCUGGACGGUGCCGGUAUAACACAGUACCAUGCCGGUUGGAUUGGCUUUUAUGCCACGAUAGGCGGUUGUGUAGCGGCGCUGGUGAUGUCCAGGAUUGCUGAUCUGUUUCUACGUCACAUGAAGAUGAUACUCUUGUUCCUAUUCGUCUUAGCAACAUGCGCUACUGUCUGGUUUGUCCUGCUGCGCCUGUCCUACAUCCCCUUCAGUAUGGUGUCGCUGUACGUGUCCUGCAUCUUGAUGGGGAUCUUCAUCAAUGGUUCUGUCCCGUUGUUCUACGAGCUUGGGUGUGAAGCAGCAUACCCAAUUGCUGAGGGGGUGACCGCGGGUGUUCUUACCAUUGCCAACAAUCUGACCGGUGUCAUCUUUCUAUCUGUGCUACAGAUCCCAAGAAUAGGUGUUGUGUGGAUGAACUGGUGCAUGCUUGGCUCUGUAGCAGCUGCAGUACCCCUUCUUCUCUUGUUCACAGAGAAGUACACCAGGAUUGACAUCGACACGCAAGAAAUUAUAGUUCCAGCGCCUGGUGAGGGUGGUGCUGCGAUCAAUCCCGACAUUAAAGUUGAUUAAUAGGGAAAUAUCACACAUGCUGACAGUGCAUUGAAAUACUGCUUUGACUCGUAGCUGAUUUGAGAAUCGGUGGCUUCCGGUUUCAUGAUGCGGAUCAUUUGUACUGGUUUUACUGUACGUGUGUUCAAGGAGAUUUUAAGGAGAUUUACCAACUUGUCACCAUGAAGGAAUGCUCUGACACUCUCAAUCACGCAUGUUAUGAAUAGACCUUCAUUGCAGGCAGACUCACGACAAGUUUAUCCACAUAAACCGUGUACUGAUGUUUUGUCCAUUUUCAAAAAUAUAUCUAUAAAGACUGAGAGUACAUUCACCUAUUUAUGUUGGUGGUUGAGUCCAAGCGUUUGCUCUUUUUGCAUUGUGCUGCUUUGAUCCGAACAGGGACUCACUUCGAGAAACCUGUUCUUGGUGCUAACAGUUACGUUUAUCAAUAACGUUACAUCAUGUUGAAGGGUUGAUCAGGGUAAUCAUUAAUGUUACCUAAAGUAAAUGCACCUUUGAACAAAGUCAGUACUGUCUCAGCAUGUCAACUUGGUAUGGGAGAUAGACUCAAAGUGGCAAAUGAAUUCCAUUUCCAAAGUUUUUUCAUGAAAUAAUUCAUAUUCCUCGGAAUUGUACAUACUAUCUAUUCCUGAAUCCAUUUUAUAUAAACAUAUAUAUAUACUGCUUCAAACGAUUUCUUGGCAUGUUCACCAUACUCUGUUCAAAAGAAUAAUCUCAAACUUUGAGAAAAGUAUUGAAAAUGUAUGGCUUAUAGGUUCCGACAAAAUAUAUAAUUAGUACACAUGUAAUAACCGAACAAUAGCUUGAUUAAUACAUCAAUAUGUCCGCAAAUCAUUAGCAUUACCUGGGGUUAAAAGGAUAGGUAAUGACUGAUCCGCAGGUCAUUAGCAUUACCUGGGGUAAAAGGAUGGACAAUGACUGAUCCGCAGGUCAUUAGCAUUACCUGAGGUAAAAAGGAUGGACAAUGGCUGAUCCGCAAAUGAUUAGCAUUACUUAAGGUAAAAAGGAUUGGCAAUGACUGAUCCGCAAAUCAUUAGCAUUAUUUGAGGUAAAAAGGAUGGGCAAUGACUGAUCCGCAGAUCAUUAGCAUUAUUUGAGGUAGAAGGAUUGGCAAUGACUGAUCCGCAAAUCAUUAGCAUUACCUGAGGUAAAAGGAUGGGCAAUGACUGAUCCGCAAAUCACUAGCAUUAGCUGAGGUUAAAGGAUGGGCAAUGAGAUAUGAUAGAACCGAAAUGAUGAUAUGUAGUGAAGUAGAUCGGAAUUAAUGUGACGCAACUCUUGCAUACACGUUUCCAAUAUUUGGACCACAACUCGAGAGAGGCAGCUACUCAUGCCUGCUUACACCCUAAAAAAGAAUGUUUUUCUAAAACAGUAACUUGUGUCCAGAGCUGAGAAAUACUGGUUUGCCCCGCUCUUUCAUUACAUCGUUUGAUUUAUCCAGAAGUCCCCUAUUUCGUUAACACCAUUGACACUGUAGAAACCCAUCUCAAGUACGUUAGAACAAAUACAAAGUCAUGAAUGCAGUCUAUCCUAUCAUACUGGUCUCCGACAUAUCUUGAUAAAGUCUCAGCUUUUGGGGUAUUGUGGUUUCUGAGACGUUUGUUGAAGACUUUGAGACUUCAUUCUUUACAGUAAAUGCAAAAGACGUUCUUGUUCAUCGAUCACUUGAUUGUCUGGUUUGUUACAGGAGUACUGCCAUUUUUGCAAAGUGUGUUAGUAGCGGUAGGACGGGACAUGCUUACCCUUUUCGCUGGUGUCAUUGUAGUGGUCCAUUCAUAUAAUUUUCACAGCAUUUGUGCCCUUUACGUCAAAUAGAAUUUGUUUCUGAAGAUAAUUUAGACAGGUUAUUCUGGUUAGACAAUGACUGUGUAUUUACCAUUACAGUUGUAACAUUAAUUAUGUUAUUAAAUUUGAAUCAAAUUCAGGGUUGUUUCUUAACAGGUUCAUUUUUCAUUUUGCGAAAUUACAACUUAAAUGUUGAUUGUAUCGCCCUGGACCAAUCUGUGUCCUUUUAUGGUGCAAGACAUCCUCCUUAAAAUCCAGAAAUCUCUUCAGAAAUCUCGGCAAAGAAGCCGAAUGUGAACAAGUCGAAUGUUUCUGGACCUACAAUAAUCUCCCUUGGAUAUUCAGUAACCCCGACAACAUAAUUACCCCUGUGGGCGUUGCUUACAAUAUCAAGAUUA